AUGAACGACCCUACGAACCCGCCACUACUUCUUCGCCGCAACGGUCGGCCUCAAGCCUGCGAUCCCUGCCGUAAACGUAAGCUAGCUUGCGAUCAUACACAACCGGUUUGUAGUCGUUGUAAGAAGAGAAAACAGGAUGGUGAAUGUGUGUAUCUCGCGUCGUCCUCAAGGAUAUCUACAUCCAAGAGCCCACUGCCAUCUCCGGCGCCUUCCACACCACUCCCAUCCCCUCGGCGUGGAAGUCUUCGGCACCCUCAGAACAACCCGGCUUUAACGCCUGACACUCAGGUUUCAGGCCUCUUCCGACCCGGCUACCUCGGCCCGACUAGUUACUGUAAUAUCUACGAAGACACCGAGAAUAGCCUCUCGCUUCUUCAAGGAUCGGACAGUGUUGCUACCCAAUCCGAGAGUAUCGCUCACUAUGCCCCUAUUGAAGGCUCCCAGACCAACUUGUCCGUCAGAGUCCGUGAUUUGGCCCUCAAGGUGCUACGUAACAUACCUGAUCCCAUCCAGGGGAGUUCCCUGCCGUACAAGUCCGGGAGUGACAGCUGGAUCUAUAAGAUAGCUGAGCGAGUGGUUGGGUCAUUAUAUGAGGUUUUCGGUGAUUAUUUCAGUGUGGGAAGCCGACCGACCGCUAAAUUAGAGGAACUCGCCCGUAUUAUCUGCGCUAAUACUUCGAGGCCAUUUUCCGACGAAGAAUCUGACCCGGACAAGUGGUUCAGCCAAUUUUCGGGGAAGAACAUCCGCUGGGAGUUGAUAGGAAUACUCUCCAUGUUCUGGGAGUUCGUUCCUGGUUCAAACGCGGAAUUUUGGAAAGGAAAACGCUCCGUGAAGUUUGACCGUGGAUUCCGCAUAACGAGGGAAAACAUGCACCUGAGCCUCGAUUUAUGUAAAGAAUUUUCCGCCGGAAACUCUAUGAUGCUCUGUUUAAGUCAGAGGUGCACUAUUGUGGAUUCUAUGUCUGUAGGAGAUGCCGAUUUGGUUGUAUGGAGGACUCACGCGGAGACGGUUUCAUUGCUUACUUUCCUCGGCUUUCACGCCGUAGAAGAAAAAGACCAACAUCAAACAUCCUUGUCGACCGAGAUUAAGAAGAGGCUUUUUCAUAAUACGUUCUCGAUCGCCAUGGAUGUUGUCUCUUUUACCGGAAGACCUCCAUUGAUCAGUUCUCGAUACUCGUCGACGCCUAUUCCGCUCGAUAUUAGUACCGAAGAUUUAUUCUCUGACCAUGAUACUUUAAUGAAAGCUGUUUCGCGCCUAGAUGAAAAAGGUUGGAAUACCGACGGGGCGAUGUAUCCUUCUACUAGUAUUCGAGCCCGGGCAAUCAUCGCAUUAAUCCGCGAAGAGAUAUUCGAAAUUGCUCUCGACCAUAGACAAAACACGUUUCCGAACGAAUUUUCUAUUGAAACUCUGCUCCAACUUCGAUCUCGAGAGCUUUCAGCAGUUGCUGCAUUCCCUUCGUGCUUACGUUUCGAUCCUCUUGAGAUUGAUAACCUGGAGGUUCCCAUAAACCACCUAUCUGUGAGGUUAUUUAUACAGCAAGAACAUCUACAGAAUAUGUUUUUUAUCGAAAGACUCUUGCUUCGGUUUGGCCAUCAAGACAAGGGCGAUUUAUUGAAAUACGUCGUGACCUUCCUCACCCACUCCUUUCUCCCGGAUUAUCUACAUUCAGAUAAGUUCUCAUCUUUCAGGGACAGCUGUGAAUGGCUUGUUAUGGCUCACGCUGUUCCCGCCGGUGGUAUACUCUGUUUAGAACUUCUAAAGCCUACCCUCCAUUUGAGGCCCCAUAGCGACUCUAGAAUCACUCGCUCCAACAUCAUCCAGAAGUUGAGUCUCCUCGUCGCAUUUCUCGACUGGGUCAGUCCGUCGGCACCGAACGGGGAUUUAUGCAACGACGCGAAAUCAGUAAUACAACGCGUUCUGGACCAGACAUUAAAUGCGGCAUCGAGUAUAUAUGAGCCUCCCGCGGUAUUUCAGUGGGAUUCAUCAACACAGUUAGACUUCAAUUUUGACCUUCUCGAUACGUUCGAUUGGAUUCGCCCGGAUUUCCCUUCAAGUCAGCAGUCAAAUCAAUAA